AGAGCGCCUCCCUCCGCAGUGGUGGGACCGACGGCCAGCGCUGCUGCUGUUUGGGACACAGACAGUCUCACGGAAAACAUGGCGGAGGCUGCGGCGGUCACUCCGCAUCGCUUCUUCUGUCACUGUUGUAAGGGUGAAGUGAGCCCCAAACUCCCGGAGUAUAUCUGUCCCAGAUGUGACUCGGGCUUCAUUGAGGAGGUUACAGAAGACUCCAGUCUUCUGGACAGUAGUUCAAAUAGCCUUGAUGACACAGCUUCACAGUUUGCCGAGCUAUGGCAGCUGUUGUUCGUGGAGAGGCCGUUCAAUCUGGAUCUAGACAGUCCUGACUCUGAGCGGGUGCCGGGAGGGGGCAGUGGGUCUGGGAGUCUCGGAACAGGGCCAUUCGGCGGUUCUGUCCCAGGAGGGCUUGGUGGGUCCCUGAGCGGUCCUCUAGUUGGAGGAGAGCACUGGGGUCCUGGCCGUCCUCCACGCCUGCACACGCAGAGGAGGUACCGGUCCAGAGGAAGCAGUCGACCGGAUCGCUCUCCCGCUGUUGAGGGAAUAGUACAGCAGUUUCUCGCAGGCCUUUUUGCCAAUUCAGGAGUACAAGGCUCUCCUCCACUGUCAUGGACGGGCAUGCUGCACUCAAACCCUGGGGACUACGCCUGGGGACAGGGGGGUCUGGAUGCAGUCAUCACACAGUUAUUGGGUCAGUUUGAGAACACGGGUCCUCCUCCUGCUGAGAAAGAGAAAAUUUCCUCCCUCCCCACUGUUAUCAUCACUCAGGAACACACUGACUGCAAUAUGGAGUGCCCUGUAUGUAAGGAAGACUACACGAUCGGUGAGCCGGUCAGGCUGCUGCCCUGUAACCACAUCUUCCAUAGUGACUGCAUCGUGCCCUGGCUUGAACUGCACGACACAUGUCCUGUGUGCAGGAAGAGCCUCAAUGGGGAAGAAAGCGGCACUCGUUCCUCAUCAGAUCCUUCCUCCCUAAACACUGAUCCUCGCACACCGGAGAGAUGGUCCUUCUGAAACACACGCACACACGUCCGCCCGUCUCAUCCGAGCUCUCUGUCUUAACCCAAGAUUAUUUGUCUCUCUCUGCUUUUUUUGUCUAUUCUUUUUUUUGUUCAUCCCUCCAUGCUGGUGUAUUUUUACUAUGGUUUGUUUACGUCUGUUCUCUAACACCAUCCAUCUCAGUUGUGUCUCUGUGUCUUUCAGACGUCUUUGAUCUCCUCCAGAGUUCUCCACACAGAAUUUCGCCUAGUUUACCCUUCUCCGAGUGAACAAACAAACAGUGCAGGAUGAGGGUAGGGUCGGGCACAUGUUGUUGCUGUAGCAGCACACAUUCUCCCCAACCCACAUUUAGAUGGUACAGUGUUCGGUUUCCCAGAGACGAGCUGUACUCCCCGCCUCUUGUUGUUCAAUGUGAAUUCUCAUUGGGAUGGGGUGCGCUGUGUCUUGGCGGUUUAUGAACGUUGCUUUACUUCCCCAGGCAUUUUGUUGUUCUCGCAUCUCUUUUGUCCAGGAGAUCAUGAAGUUUUCUCUCUCUCUCCUUUUUGAUUCCAACUCUGGUGUGUAUAUAUCACAUAAACCCAUCAAUGUCUUUCAGUUCAAUUUGAUUGAAUUCUUUUCACUCUCAUUUCUUUUACAGUUUCUUCUAAUGUAAAUAAUUUUAGUUGGAAAACUCAUUUAAGGAAGACAAAAAAAAAAUUGAUGAAAAUGACGAUGAAUUGCUAAAUAUUAAAGUAUAUAAAUAUAUAUUAUAUGAUGUGUAUGACCAUGAUGUAUUAAUAAUAAAACUGAACAAAAAGAAGGCAACAUGUUGAUCUUAUGAUACAGAUGAACAACAAAUGCAUUCAGAUCUUCCUACUUGAUUUAUGUUGACAUAAAUAUGCAUUCUCAGACGA